AUGAGGAUCUCUCCCGCAAGUGCAGUAGUGCUGCUACACAGCGCCUUUACUGUCGCUCAAUCAACGAAUAGUACGGGUGUAAAAUGCCCUGCUACGGCAAAGUUCUCAUCGAUCUCUGCUGGCACUUUCUUCGAGAAGUUGAACCCAGGCUGGAAUCUUGGUAACACGCUUGAUGCUGUAGAGACCGAAGGCAGCUGGAACAACCCACCAGUCGUCGGCAGCACCUUUGACGAUGCGAAAAGAGCCGGCUUCAAGAGCAUUCGGCUACCCGUCACCUGGGCGUACCACUUCACUUCUCAAUCACCAGAUUGGACCGUGGAUCCCGUAUGGAUGCAGCGUGUAUCGGAUGUCGUGGACAUGAUCACAGACCGAGGGCUCUACGCGAUUGUUAACGUCCAUCACGAUUCCUGGACUUGGGCCGAUCUCACGCAAGCGAGCACCAAUGUCACGGCUGUUGAAGAGAGACUUGGAAAGCUUUGGAAGCAAAUUGGAACGAAGCUGGCUUGCAAGAGCGAGAAGGUUGCUUUCGAGACCAUCAAUGAAAUUCCUGGAACUACGGCUGAACACGGCGCUGUGAUUAAUAGGUUGAACGAUAUCUUCCUUCAGGCUAUCAACGAUGCAGGUGGUCACAACCCCAAGCGCGUUGUUACACUCGUUGGCGCUGGAGAGGAUGGAUUGAAGACGAUUCAAUGGUUCAAGAAACCUGAUCCAAAGUUUAAGAAUCCCUGGGGUAUUCAGUAUCACUACUACUCACCCUACGACUUUGUUUUCCAAGCUUGGGGAAAAACCACAUGGGGCUCCGACGCCGACAAAGCCGCCCUCGAAGCCGACAUCGCCGCCGUCCGCGGCAAUUUCACUGAUAUUCCCCUCGUAAUUGGCGAAUGGGCCGUGUCACCCGUCGCUACCGAGACAGCAGCGCGCUGGCGAUACUUUGAUUUCCUUCUCCGCACAGCAGCGAAAUACAACACCACAACUGUUCUCUGGGACAAUGGGGCCGACUUCCUAAACCGCGCGACGCAUCUCUGGCGCGACGAAGUAGCCAUGGACAUCUACCGCAAUGCAGUAAAAGGCAUCCCAAACGCGCUUCCAGAAAGCACAACAGAUGGCUCUGCAACAACGCAGUCAAGCUCCGCAUACAUCUACCAUCGCAAGAACGAGACUGUAGGAGACGCCACACUAGGCUUCACUUUCAACGGAAACACACUCAGUAAGAUCAGCAAAGGAAGUAAACAACUGGCUAAGGGCAAAGACUACACCGUCUCCGGCGAGAAAAUUACUUUUGCGGCAACAUACCUCAAGUCCAUAAUUACGCCCACUUCAUCCACCGGCACCCUGGCAAACUUGACUCUAACAUUCAACCGUGGCGCCGCUCUCCAAGUUAACGUCCUUCAAUACACCACACCAACCCUCUCCAGCACCUCUGGACCCUUACCCGCAGCGGGCCAGGAUCUCCUUAUCCCCAUCACAUGGUCUGGCCAGAACAGGCCUGCGGCUGUUAAGGCUAUCAAAGCUGAUGGAACGUAUCUCGUGGAUGAUUGGACGCAGUAUCUAGGCGUAUUGCAGCAGGCACGGAUGACGUAUGAUGGACAGUGGAAUUGGGAUGCUGGACAUGUCAUCAUCAAGGCUGCGGCUUUGGAUGCCGUGAGGACGGCGGGUGUGGAUACCACGUUUACGAUUGAGUUUUAUCCAAGGACGCCUGGGAAUUCGGUUGAGUAUACUGUUACCGUGUAG